AUGACGCUCUCACGCUCGCAGCUGGAGCAAAUCAGAGCCGAUGCAGGCGCCGACGCAGUUCCCAUCGAUUUCGCCAAGAUGGCAUCGUGGAGCGAAGUCGAGGCGGCCGCAUUCUUUGAGAGCGGCGGCGACGACCACGGCCCGCCGCCAGCGCUCCAGAUGGUCAUGGACGACCUCGCGAUGCGAUUCGUUGUCAAUUGUCCCGCAGAGGAGCAGGAGUCGUUUGAGCGGCUUCUCUUCCAGGUGGAGGCCGCCUUCUGGUUCUACGACGACGAGUACCGCGAGAUCUGGCCGCACUCCUUCCCGUGCUUCACCCUCCUCCAGUUUGCGCAGAAGCUCUUCGAGAUGUGUGAGCUCCUCAAGCCCUUCGCGGCGCGGACCAGCGAGCUGUACGAAAAGUUCCGGCAGUACAAGAUCCAGAUCCCGACCUGCGGCGCCAUGCUGCUCGACCAGAGCCAGACCAAGGAGAGACUGCCAGUGCCUGAGAAGCUGGAGGCAGGUCGCUAG